UAGUUAUGGAGGGGAAUCCCAUUCCUUCCGAAGAUAGAUGAGAUUCUCAUUCAGUAAUGGCGCUCUGCACUCCGAUUCCUGCGUCCUGUUCGCCUUCCAACUGUGUACUGAAUUCGAAAUCCUUAAAGCCAUUGAACCAACUCCUUGUUUUUUCUCACUCUCUGAAGCCAGGAACACACUGUCUUAGCAGAAGAAGUAGGCGAUUCAGAGUAGAGGCCACUGCCGCUCUUGAUUCCGGGAAUGGCUCCGUUGGAGUGGCACCCGAAAAAGAGGGCGAAAAUUCUUCUUCCAGUUCGUAUGGCCGACAGUUUUUCCCAUUGGCUGCUGUUGUUGGCCAGGAUGCAAUUAAGACUGCACUUUUACUUGGGGCUAUAGACCGUGAAAUUGGAGGAAUAGCAAUUUCUGGAAAGAGAGGCACAGCCAAAACAGUUAUGGCCCGUGGCUUGCAUUCUAUUCUCCCCCCUAUUGAAGUAGUUGUUGGAUCAAUUUCAAAUGCUGACCCAACAUGCCCUGAAGAGUGGGAAGAUGGACUUUCUGACAAAGUGCAGUAUGAUUCUGCUGGUAAUAUAAAGACCCAAAUAAUCAAAUCACCUUUUGUUCAGAUUCCACUUGGUGUCACUGAAGAUAGACUAGUAGGUUCGGUUGAUGUUGAGGAGUCUGUGAAAUCAGGAACUACAGUUUUCCAGCCAGGGCUUCUUGCAGAGGCUCAUAGAGGAGUUUUGUAUGUUGAUGAGAUAAACCUUUUGGAUGAAGGUAUCAGUAAUUUGCUUCUAAAUGUCUUGACGGAGGGAGUCAAUAUUGUAGAAAGAGAAGGGAUCAGCUUUCGCCACCCUUGCAAACCACUGCUCAUUGCCACUUAUAACCCUGAAGAGGGUUCUGUUCGGGAACAUCUUCUGGAUCGCAUUGCAAUAAAUCUGAGUGCAGAUCUUCCAAUGAGCUUUGAAGACCGUGUUGCAGCUGUUGAAGUUGCAACGCAGUUUCAAGAGCAUAGUAGUGAGGUUCUUAAAAUGGUUGAAGAAGAGAUGGACCUUGCAAGAACGCAGAUAAUUUUGGCUAGAGAAUACUUGAAAGAUGUUGGUAUUGGUAGAGAGCAACUAAAGUAUCUUGUUAUGGAAGCUAUCCGAGGUGGUUGCCAGGGACACAGGGCUGAAUUAUAUGCUGCACGAGUGGCUAAAGCCUUAGCUGCUCUGGAGGGACGUGAGAAAGUCAAUGUAGAUGAUCUGAAGAAAGCUGUGGAGUUGGUCAUUCUUCCACGUUCUGUCAUUAAUGAUAGCCCACAAGAUCAGCAAAACCAGCAACCACCACCACCUCCUCCCCCUCCCCAAAAUCAAGAUCCUGGGGAAGAGCAGGAUGAAGAAGAGGAAGACCAAGAGGAUGAGAACGAUGAAGAGAAUGAGCAGCAGGAGCAAAUACCCGAUGAGUUCAUCUUUGAUGCUGACGGAGGCUUAGUGGAUGAGAAACUUCUUUUCUUUGCACAACAAGCACAGAGACGGCGUGGGAAAGCUGGGAGAGCAAAAAAUGUUAUCUUCUCUGAGGACAGGGGACGGUAUAUUAAGCCCAUGCUUCCGAAGGGUCCUGUAAGGAGAUUGGCUGUUGAUGCGACUCUCAGAGCAGCUGCACCAUAUCAAAAGCUGCGAAGGCAGAAUGAUAUCCAAAAUAGUAGAAAAGUUUAUGUAGAAAAGACAGACAUGCGGGCUAAAAGAAUGGCCCGAAAAGCAGGAGCUCUGGUUAUAUUUCUUGUUGAUGCAAGUGGAAGCAUGGCAUUAAACAGAAUGCAAAAUGCUAAGGGUGCAGCACUUAAGCUACUUGCAGAGAGUUAUACAAGCAGAGAUCAGGUCUGCAUUAUACCAUUCCGUGGAGACGCUGCAGAAGUUCUAUUGCCUCCUUCCAGAUCAAUUUCAAUGGCAAGAAAACGUCUAGAGAGACUUCCAUGCGGGGGAGGGUCUCCUCUUGCUCACGGUCUUACCACGGCUGUCCGAGUUGGGAUGAAUGCAGAGAAGAGUGGUGAUGUUGGACGCAUAAUGAUUGUUGCUAUAACCGAUGGGAGGGCGAACAUAUCACUGAAAAAAUCCACUGACCCUGAAGCAAAUGCUGACAUGCCUCGGCCAUCUGCACAAGAUUUGAAGGACGAGAUUCUCGAGGUUGCAGGGAAAAUAUACAAAGCAGGGAUGUCUCUUCUUGUUAUUGACACGGAGAACAAAUUUGUCUCAACUGGUUUUGCCAAAGAAAUUGCUCGAGUUGCCCAAGGAAAAUACUACUACCUCCCCAAUGCCUCAGAUGCUGUUAUCUCAGCAACAACAAAGGAUGCUUUGUCAGCUCUGAAAAACUCGUAAUUGGACAACUACAAAUCUGAGCCUCACAAAUUUGUCAGCAAUGAAUCUCUCUGUAAACAAGAGGGGGCUGGGCUGUUCAUAUUUCAUCAAAGGAGAAGAUUAGGGCAAUGGAGGAAGCUGUGGGGGUGGGUCAAAUAGCACAGCAUUUGUGUCUUGUCAUACUGUUAUUAUUCUUGUCCUCAUUUCAUGUAUGCUAUUAAAUAAUGAAGUCCAGCUGCAAUUUGAUCUUUUUUAUUUUAUUUUAUUUUAUCUUUUUAUUCA